AUGAUGGAAGAUUUUCGUCACAUUUACAUCCGACUUUGUAAAGAUCAUCACGUUGAUCCCCAGGACUGCGUUCUGGAGACACUGAAAAGCUUGGAACAUGGAUCUAAGAACAAGGCAGUUCUAGAUCUGUCAACUACAAGUCUGACACCAAAAACAUGUGCUGUCCUGGGGAAAGUUCUUGCAACAGAUAGGACAUUUGUUGAGAUUAAGUUUUCUGACUGCAUGCUUUCUGAGGAUGCUGUGAAAGGACUGGCUCAGGGGCUUGCCUAUAACACAUUCUGUCGCAAACUUGAUCUCAAGGGAAACAACAUACGGGGUGCAGCUACAGAGGCAUUGGGCAAGAUGCUGCAGCAUAAUAAAUGUCUCAUCAGUUUAUGUCUGGAAUGGAAUGGCAUGGGAAUGCUGGACAACUCCUUUGCUGUGUUCUGCGAUGGGUUGGGUUCAAACACUUCGCUAAAGGCAUUAGAUCUUCGCAACAACCAAAUCAGCCAUGACAGUGUUGCAGAACUGGCAGCCGCACUGAAGAGAAAUGUUCAUCUUAGGUCUUUGGAUCUCAGAUGGAAUAAUUGUGGCUUACUGGGUGGUCGGUCCUUGCUGGAGAUGCUUCAGAGCAAUAAGACCAUAUCAAGGCUGGAACUGGCAGGCAACAACAUUCCAUCGGACAUCCUCAAGUCUAUAGAGACUACUGUCCAGAACAAUGCAGACAGACAAGCAAUUGUAGAUGAGAAUCAGAAACGAACUCAAACGAUGGCCAAACACAUCAGAGACAUGGAGCAGGACAAGAAGUUACAGUUGAAUGAGCUUCUGACAGCCAUCGACAAACAGGAAGAUAUCAUGACGAAGUCCCAGAAGGCAUCAACACAGCACAUUGGCAUUUUGCAGCUGGCACUGGAUGAAAGGAAAGGAGCUUUCAAUUCUUUGGCAGCAAAAUUAUCAAUGGCCGAGACAGAACUGACCUUGUCGGAACAGAAGGUCAGUGAUCUGAACUCCGUGAUAAACAGACUGAAGCUGGAGAUGCAGGAAAUGGCAGUGAGUCAUGUCAAUGAGAUUCACAAGAUGAAAGAG